AUGUUCAAGGUGAUCGUUCUAGCAUCCUGUCUGGUGUCCAUCGCCUUGGCCGGAUACGAACAAUCCCACGGAUGGGACUGGGACUCCAAGUACAAGUUCGAGUACGGCGUCAAGGACCCGCACACCGGAGACCACAAGAGCCAGUGGGAGAUUAGCGAUGGCAAGCACGGCCUCAAGGGAGGUUACACGCUGGAUGAGGCCGACGGCACCAAACGCGUAGUCCAGUACAAGGCCGACAAGUGGAACGGAUUCCAGGCGAUCGUGAAGCGAAUUGGCCACGCCGUGCACCCCCAGACUUACGCGGCUCCGUUCGUCGUUAAGAAGCAGGACUCGCAUAAUGGAAAUGGAUACCAGAAGCAGCAGCAGCAAUUGGGUCAGGAUAGCUACGGGCAAUCGAUCAAUGGAGUUGGCUUCUGGAAGCAACCUCAGCAGCAGCAGCAGCAGAAUGGUUGGGUCGACCAGCAGCCCGCUAGCUCCAGCAACUCUUUAAUGAUGGUGCUGGUACAAAUUGGCGUAGCUUUCGGCAUGUCCGUGACCGUGGUGUUCCUCACCACCCCCAAAGUGAUGACCUCCCUCCUCGUGGUGUCCAUAGACCUGAGGAUGCGACGCAUGACCCACUCGCUUCACUCCAAGCUCAUUCAGUCAAGUAUCAGUUUAAGUUCUUCCAGCUUACGGAACACACUAGCAACCAUCAACCAACACAAAAUGUCCAAAUUCGUCAUUCUACUUGCCCUGGUAGCCGUCGUAGCCGCGGAGUACCACGAAGAGCACUACGCCCACCCCAAGUACAAGUUCGAGUAUGGAGUCAAGGACUCCAAAACGGGAGACAACAAGGAUCAGUGGGAGCAUCGCGAUGGAGACGUGGUCAAGGGACAGUACAGCUUUUACGAGGCCGACGGAACCAAACGGAUUGUGGAGUACAGCUCGGACAAGCACCACGGAUUCCAGGCUCACGUGAAGCGAGUGGGACAUGCGUCGCAUCCCCAGGUGUAUGGACACCACGAAGAGGGAGGUCAUCACUUUGGGGGUGCUGAAGGACACCACGGUCACGGACAUGCCGAAAGUUAUGCCAAUUUGUAUCAGCAUCAUCACUAGGAUUAUUGCGUCAUGGAGAAAGACUGU